UUGGCGCAUGCGCGGUUGGGUAGGUGAGGCGGCGGCGGCGCUGGCGCUGCUGCGUCUCUGAGGGGGAAGGAGAGGCGGCGGCGGCUGCAGGAGCAGCAGGAACAGGAGCAGCGAUGGCUUUCACGCUGUACGCGCUGCUGCAGGCCGCGCUGCUUUUCGUGAACGCCAUCGCGGUGCUGCACGAGGAGCGCUUCCUCCGGAGGAUUGGCUGGGGAGCAGACCAAGGCAUUGGAGGAUUUGGAGAAGAUCCAGGAAUUAAAGGACAAUUGAUGAACCUUAUCCGAUCUGUACGGACAGUUAUGAGAGUACCAUUAAUUGGAGUAAACACGGUAACAAUAGUAUUGCUUUUGUUGUUUGGCUGAAGACGAUCUCCUUCAAAAGAAGUUGCAAUAUAUCUAGAACAAACGGACUACAGACCAAUUUGCUCAUUGGGAUCCAAACUUGGCUUGGCUAUCAAAGCCACCCUUUUGCCUCAAUAAAGACAUCAUUUCUAUUUAUUGUA